AAAAAAGUUUAGGUCUAAAACAUCGCUUUAUGUGCUCGGAUUGAAGUAAAAUGGACGUCGCAGGCCAGACCGACAAGGCUCUGCUAUAUGACAGUGAUAAUGAUGAUUUGGGAAGUUUGAACAGCGAGGAGAUCAACCCGUCUCGAUUGCUAAGCGACCUCCAAGGAGUGUAUCGUGAUCAUAUGAUGCAGAUUGAAAAUGCUGACGAGGAACGCGAUGAAACAUAUAGAGUAAAUGCUUUUAUAAAUUUGAAAUGUUUGCAUUCUUGUGCAUGGAAAAUUGUUUUGUUUUAUCGAGUUGUUAAUAUCUUUGAUAUUGAGGCAUUGAGCAUUUAAAAUGAAAGUAAAUAAAUAAACACAUGAUAUAUAUUUGUACUGUCACUGCAUCUGAAAAUCGUAUAUUUUAACCGUGCCCAAGUAAUUGAAUACAUAUGUUAUAAAAUACUAUGUUGCGAAAAACAUCCCUUCAAAUAUGUACGCACCAAUUACUCGGAUACAGUUAUGAGUAUGUUAAAAAGUAUACCAUUUGAUUGAUCGAUAUCCAAUGCAGUAAAGCCUUCUAAGGCCCAUUUACACUAUACUCAGUUUUGGUACCUGUACCGUUUUUAUCCGUGUUCGGAUUAUCUAUUGACAAAGGCCGAGCGUGGAUAAAUUUGGCACAGUACCAAUUUUAUCAGUGCCAUACCAUAAAAUUGAGAGUAGUGUACUCAGUAGUCUGAUGUGAUCUGAACUAAAUGAGAAAUGAUAUAAGGGUCCAUAAAUAGAUUUCAUCCACUGAUCACUGACUUAUUCUGUGGUUGCUUUCACUCCAUCCAUACCCCACUGCAGACUAGUCCAUGAUUUUUUGAAGCAGUACUCUGUAAGAUGUAAAGUCUGCAGUUGUCUUAGUUAUUGUCUAAUCAGAGGUUCAUUGCUAUUUCCCUCUCCACAUUUCAGAACAAGUCUGUAACUGCUGGAUGAAAUUUUUUUUUCUCAUUCUUUUCCACUAGAAUCAGCUCCAUUCCCUACAAGAGUAUGUGAAUGAUUUGAGUUCAAAAAAUGACAUACUCCUGGAAACUGUUGAAGAACUGGAACGUGAAGCAAAUGAGAGAGUAACGUUGGUAGAAGCAAGACUUCACACAACUUUAGAGGUACCGUAAUCAGGCUCUUUGGUAGUUAUGUAUUUGGUAUAGGAUGCCAUCCUCCCUCCAAGAAAACCCCACUCUGUGAUCAUCUGCAGAUUCAAUGGAAGAGCAAUCUCGUUCCCAGGCUCUUACCUCUUGUGGAGAAAAGACUCUCAUGUGAUCUGCUAAAAUCUAGCAGAUUUCUAAUUAUUAAUAAUUAACUACCUUGGAUUAAAAUCAAAUCAAAGCAAACUUGAAAAAAAAAUGGGAACAAGGUUGAUGGAAGAGGUGUACACCCUGAUCCAUGCGGGACUGCUGAGAGAUUGUGUCCCGGGGCAAAGUACCACCUCUCUUAGGCUUGGUCAAAAAUUUCAUUGCUUUCUAUGCAGGAUUGCUCACAAAAAAGUCAAGAACUCGAAGAUGAAAAUAAAAAGUUGACAGAUCAUAUUGUGAACAUUGAACAUGAUUUGAAGGUGAAGGUAACAUUUUGGUUAUAACAUAGUAGACCUUCUUCCCUUUGAAACAUUUUGCUGUAAAAUUAAAAUAUAAUCAUUCCACUAUUUCUUAGAAUGAAAAAGAGAGUCAAGAGUACAUCAAACAUGAAUCUGAUGAAGUCCACCAACAAAAUGAUGAUUUGGAACAUGAUGUGGAAAUUCUUGUUAAUCUUGUUGGAAAUGUUAUGGCUGGUCGCAAAAUUGAGGUUUUGAUCUUUUAGAUUUUUGUUAUUUAUAUAGUCAUCUAGUCAUCUUGUUUACAUAGUAUAACUGCGUUGUUUAUAAUUAUUUAUCCUUGCUUUCUUGCAGCUUGAUGACCUUGGACUAAGAGUUGUUCCUGCUGGAAAGUUUUUUGACAUUCAUGCAAAAACAUCAAAAGAAAUGUAAGAUUUGCCAUUUUGGUGUUUGAAUCAGUUACGGGAGUAUUACUGAUAUUUCACUUUGGAAAAAAAUAGCUUGAACUGUGCUGUUUUCUCUACUAGACACGAUGGGGAAGCAAGAUUCAAUGAUGAAAUUUCUGAACUGAAGAAAGAACUUGCAGAGCGCGAUGAAACCAUUAGCAAACUUGAGAAAACAAUUUCUGCAUGUGAGGAGGUAUAAAGUAAAACAGUCAUUCAAAAAACGUAACUAUUCAAGCUGGUGACUUCAAUAAUUCCUUCGCUUAUUUCUUGUAGAAAUAUCAAAAGCAACUCCACGAAACAUCCAUUCACGAAGGGAGGGUUGAUUCUCUCAAGAACGACGCGAAAUCUUACGAAAAGCACUCGGGGGAAUGUUGUGGUGCGCAGACCAGCAAAGAUGUUGUGAUACGUAAACUCCGUGACGACCUUGAGCUCAGUGAAAAACAACGAAAGAAACUUCUGUCUAGUUUGGAAGAAUCUGAAAACUUUAUAGCUCGCUUGCAGGGUGAAAUGGGACGCUUGGAAAAUGAUAAUUAUAUUUCGAGUUCGGAUGCAAACAGCAAAACGCUGGCAAUCAAAACUUGGGAAAGUAAUUUCAGAGAGAGUAAAUUGGAGGUACGGUUAUUAAAGUAACUAAAGUAUUGAUCCAAUCGUUAAUCCGUUGGCACCAUCGUCAGAGCAUGCACCUUUACCUCUGAAGUUGUGGGUUCGAUUCUCGCUGUGGACUCAUGAUACCUAUGUGAAAAGAGUCAGCCAACGCUCUACCGAAAGUCGUGGGUCUUGUCCGGGUACUUCAGUUUCCUCCCACAGUGAAUGUUGACAGGGUGGGUUGGGAUUAGCCCCCUAACUGAUACAUCCACCGUAGCUGUGUUCUGCGAUCAGACAUUAGUUUAGAGGUUGCAGUCAGAGGCGCCCUUAAGGCUGAUUUCCACUGUUGCGUUUUUCGUACGCACGUACACGCACGUAAAACUUUGAAUCCUUCUAUUUUUUAAAUAUUUUACAAAUAAGUUAACAAUUAAUGCAUGCUAAAACUUGCGGAACACUAAAUUCUGUUGCUUUAUUUAUUUGGUCAUUUCAUAAGUAACAUUUAAACGGAUUUAAAGUUUUACGUGCGUGUACGUGCGUACGAAAAACGCAACAGUGGAAAUCAGCCUUUAGAAAGCUUUCGACUCGAUCAGGUUGGGCUGCGUCCUUCGUAAUUCAGCUUAGCUCUACAAGCUGAAGUAAAGAUAAUUAGCACACCUCACUUGGCUAGUUUGGAUGGUAUACCUUGGCUUCACUAAGCAUUACUGUUCAACAGAUGGUCAGGUCAAUCUUUUCAUGAUAAUGUAAUCUUGUAUUUGGAGGCAAAUAAAUAGAAGUGAGAAAAGUACUUUAAUGUGUUUCUAUAUGACGUUGACCACCAUCUGCUGGCGUGUAAUCCAAACUGAAACCCAUAUGUUUUUGUAUUGAUAAACCCUCAGGUGGCUCGUCUGAACGAGAAGGUAAACGAUCUUGAAAACAAACUGAAACAAAAAGAGCACGAACUCGAGAUGGUGACGUCACAGGUCGGUGAAGACGUUGCCGCCAAGACGAGAUCUUUGGAAGAAGAGUUGAAGAAAUGUGAGGAACAAAGACGGAAGACUGAGGACGAGCUUGUGAAAGUUCAACGAGAUCGAAGUACCGCUCAUUAUGAAGUGAAACAGGAUCAUGAUGAGCUGAAUAAACAGGUGCAGAAUGCUGUAACGUAGAAUAUAAUACUCAGUCAGUGGCGUAUAGAUGUUCGUGCAUGUGUGUUUCAUCUCUGUGACCGAGAUUCAAUCCUGCAACAUAUGGAGUUGUUUGAUUAUAAUUUUAUCUCAGAGUGCAGUUUCCUCCUGUAGUAACACUGAACCAAUAAAGGUAUUGCUCUCACUGGACCUCUAGGAACAGCCGUUCAGAGCUGAUACAACUUUCCAUUCAUGCAUUCAUUCAUUAAUGCACCCUAUAGUUAAGUGAGUACGAGGAAACAGUUCGAAGUCUCGAGGAAGAAUUGGAAAGUCUCAGAGAGAAGUACAGCGAGGCUACAAAUGAGGUAAAUCAAUCAACACGCUGAUUUUGUUGAGUUCAAUGUACACAACUAGAAUCUAGUUGUUUCAAAAAUACACCCAGUUUGAUAAGAAGGCGAGAUGUAAACGUGAUACAUUUUUUUUUCAUAAUUCUUUAGAUUCACGAAAAAGAGAAGGCUCUUCGCAACAUUCAACAAAAACAAAUGCAGGCAUCCUAUGAGGUAAUACAGGAUUAGGAAAAACUUCAAUAUGUUGUUGACAAUAUAUAUUUACUUUAUUCAAAAAUAUUGAAACAAAUCAUUCCUUUUUCACAACAGAUAGAACAAGAGAAAGCUUAUCUCGACAAAAUUAAGGAGGAAUUUCAACAUGAAAAAGAAAUGAGGGAAAAUGCAGAGAGAAAGGUUUGCAAACCUUGCACUGCUUGCUGACUCGUACGUUCAACUUUUGUAAAAUUUACAUUGACUUUUUAGCUUGAUGAAUUGGAAGAACUUCCUCAGCGUUUAUUGGCUGUACAACAAGAUAAAGAAUCUAUGAUGAACAAGGUAUAGUGUAGCUCUUGAUGGAUUUGAAUUAAACGAAUGUACUAAUACUGCUCUCUACUAAACUGUGUUUUUUAUUAAGAUUGACGAACAAGCAACUGCCUUGACUGCGCUUGAACGAAAAUUGAAUGAGACUAGAGUAGCAAAUCUCCAGUAUUCUGAUAAGGUAAAAACCAUAUCCCCGACAUUUCCUUUGGGUGGGGGGAGGGGGCGCCACUAGCUUGAUUAAUGAAAGCAUGCUUUAUUUUGUGGAGGCAGCCAAAAAUAUUUCACGUUAUCGGUCAGUGUCUCCAGUCACAGAUAACUCCACUUUCUCCAUGACAUCAUUAUACAGUUGGUCUGUAACUUCAGCAUUCACAAUUCAACUACAAUUUGAACUUGGAGUUUGCCCCUUGAAGGCAAUUAAAGAUAAUUAUCGUUAUAUUUUUUUUGUUUUAGUUCGCUGAAAGUAAUGAUACGAUCCAGAAACUUCAUUUUCAAUUAAAUACGAUCAAAAACGAGAAGGAAAGCAAAGCGAAUGAGGUAAAGCAGAAGCAAUGAUACACGCCACACGAUAGACCAGUCUUCAUAAUUAUUACUAGGUUUAACAAUUUUGACCUUUUAUAUUUUAAUUUAGAUAAAAGUUUUGCGAGAACGUCUGGAAAAUGAUCUAAAAAUUGAGAAAGAACGUCGACUAAGAAUCGAAGAGAAGGUAACUGCUUACGAAAUAUCGUCAAACUGUUUUAGUGCAAUAUUUAGAAAUUUAAACUAUUUUAAUCUUUACUGUAUGACAGCGUCGUAUUACGGAAGCCGAAGGUCGUAGAAUGUUGUUGGCCUCUGAAGAAAUAAAAUCGAGCUUGUCCCAUAAGGUUGAAACGAGGAAUAAAUCCAUUGUUGAAUUAGAAAAUAUUGUUAACGAACUACGAAUGAAGAAUAUACAGCAGAACAAUAAGGUAUGUUGCUCUUCAAUAUGUGUAUUAAGAUUUUGCUCGAAAAUAAGAUUUUGCAGGAAAAAUCCUCAACAUUAUGUGAUGAUGCCCAAAAUUUACAACAGAGACUUAGUUUAAAAACAAAUUUAAUUAUUUGAAUGUGCAAGUAGUUACAUAACUACUCAAUGCAGUUAACUCCAGGUAUUGUAUCUUAUUAUAGGUUCAAGAGUGUGAAGAUGCUCUUCAAGACAUUGAAUAUAAAAUGAAAUCUCUGGAGAGUGAAAAGAAUUCCAAAAUUACUGAGGUAAGAAAAUCGUCUAAACUGAUUGUCUUGGACAGCGUUGAAAUCCGGCGCCUGACAGCCGGACUAAACAAGACCGCAGCCUAAUCUACAAGCCUAUUAUAGUCACGACCCGAACGCAACUUAUCCGCGAUCUAACGUGCGAACUGCCACUGAACCGCGACUGAACCGCGUGCAUACCGUGGCUACAACCUCGUUUUUUAAGUGAUACUGAAUGUACUUAACGUUCUGCGUAUUUCUUUGUAGUUGGAAAGAGAAAUUGCCAUCCUUGAAGAAGACAAGAACAUUAUCACUGAACAAAAGGAACGGGCAAUUGAACAAGUAAGGGGCGGACCAUUAGAAAUCUCGGGAGGGGGGGGUGAAAAUUCCCCCCCAAAAAAAUCGUGCAAAGAAAAAUGCCUGGAAAAAAAAUCGUGCAGCCAUUACGUCAGAGAAAAAAAAUCGUGCAAGCAAAGUGCAAAUAGUCUUGAAAAAAAAUUCUUGCAGGGGUUAAAUGCAUAAAAAAAUCCUGCUGAGACAAGAGACUGAAAAAACAAAUCGUGCCUCUAAAAUGUUAUACCCCCCCCGGGAUUUCUAAUGGUCCGCCCCUAAGAAAAUGUUUGUACAUGCUAAGCUGUACACCGAGAAAUGGCGAAUAUGCGAAUAUACACUAGGACUUUGAACAACUUGAUAAUUUACAUCCACUUAAAUUGUGAAUAAUGUUUCUUUUGUCAGCUACAUAAAAUGCAAGAAGACGUCAAAAAAUGCAAAUCUGAUGCAGAAGAUCAAAGGGACGCCUUAGCCAAUGAAGUUGCCGAACGUCACGAUAUUAUCCUCAAAUUAAAAGUUGACCUCUCAGCUUUAGAAGAAAGUUAUCGCACUGCAGUUACCCAGGUAUGUUUCUAUGAUUUUCCUUCAGAUUAGUUUAUGUGAUACAUCAUCCUAAAUAUAUUCUCAAAUUGAACAGCUCGCAGAAAAGGAUGGGGUGAUCAAGCAGAUGAAAACAGAAUGCCAAGAACGCACUUCGGAGGUGAGUACAUUUCGUAUGCAUGUUAGGAUGAAAUAAAGGAAUGAUUGAAUUUGUGAUCAAAUGAAAAAUGUGAUUUUUGUAAUUUCUAUAUUUAUAGAUUGAGGAUUGUAACACAAAGUAUCAGAAACUAUCGUUGGCUUUUGAAGAAUCACAGAAAAAGGUAAUGCACUCAUGUCAAGUUACUGUAAGUAUACAUCCUCUUGCAAAACGCAGAGGGAUUUCAGUUGGUCAUUUACCCCAUCAGAGUCUGAUAUAUAUGGUUGGAAAACUAUUAAAGCCGAUUGUUCUGUAAUUAUUUGACCUUUGUGCCAAGAAUCGCUGUCCUCUGAUUAAUUUAUAUUUCAUGACCGUUUCUUUAGUUGUCAGAAUAUGAAAGUCGACUUCAAUUUAAGGAAAAAUCAAGCGAUGAAAUCGCAGAAACGUAUGCAAAACAGGUAUAAAGAGUUGUUAGAAAUACAUAUGUUCACUAUAAUUUAUAUUUGAUAUCUUGCUGUAUUAAAUUUUCUGUUUUGUUUUCAAUGUAGGUGGCUGAAAAAGAUGGCGUUCUGCGUCAGUUUAAGGAUGAGAAUACGUCACUGAAAGAGCAGAUUACUCAAGCUGAACUUAAAGUGAGUUGUAGUCAGUGAAAUGAUUCUGAAUAUGGAGCAUAUAGGAUUAUACUCUAUAAGUGUUGCAGGAGAAGAUGAUGAUCAACGUCAGAACUGUCAGUGACACUUACUGUAUGAGGCACAAAAACUAAAGUAUUGUCACUCAUUUCAAGAUUACUAUAUAUGAUGAGCGGAUCUCUGGUAAUAUUUCUGAAAAUUUUACCAUUCUAGGUAAGUUACAGAGAGGAAGCUUUGAAACGUCUUCAACAGCAACAAAAAGAUUGCUUAGACGAAGUAUCCAGGCGAGAAAAGGCCAUUCAAAACUUAGAACUGGAGUUACUCAAGGCUCAGGAACAAGCCCGUCUGGCCCAAGAUGAGGUAAGGAUGAAUUUAUGAACGAAAUUAUUUGGAUUAUGUGGCAGAGUGGUUAUAGUGUGAUUUUGUCUUUGUGACCCACCUGCGAUCCUGCAGUUAUAAGUCCUUAGUCCUUAGUCUCAUGUGAGAAAAAUGUUUCCAAUAUGACUCUUCCAAACACUGCAGGUUUUCCCCAGGUACUCCAGUUUCCUCCUGUUGUAAUCUCACAUUUAGUUUAUAUUUUUAACUCUGCAGAUUUCCAAGAAAGAUGACGCCAUUCAAGGUUUGGAAUCGGAAGUGGAGAAUGCGAGGGAGAAACAACAGAACGCUGAAGAGGAGGUAUGUGGAUGGAAAGAUCUCUAACCAGGCAUAUAACGAUCUCUCAUGCCCUAGAUCCACGGAUUCGUAAUGUUUGAAUAUCUUUUACUCUACAGAAUGGCCGUUUGGAAGCUCGUUGGCAAUCUCAGCGCUUGUCUGUUCAGAGCGAGCAUGAUGCUCUGACAGGAGAGGUAAUGUUGUAUUUUGCUGUCAUCCUUCUUUUAAUUCUGAGUUAAUGUUGGGCAUUGUCUCACAUGUAGAUCAGCAGACGAGAUGAAGCAAUUCAUAAACUGGAGAUUGAGAAACUUCAUCUGCAAGAAGAAAUGACAAAAUAUAAAGAAGAGGUAAUAGCUUGUCACUCGCGCUGGGUUUUGGGAUAUAGGUAAUGGUGUCAAUGUUGUCUUCUUGUUGUUAUAGAUUAAAGUAAAAGAACAAUCCGUUGCAAAUGUCAGAGAACAAUACGAGGAAUGCGUGAAUGAGGUAAUACGACAUAUUUAAAGGGCUACAGCUGUAAUUACGAAUAGUCUGUGCAGGUAGUGGCAAUAACAAAACAGCAGAUAAAGACAUUUCAAACUUUCUUCGUCGAAACAUCGACGUUCUGCUUGACUGUAUUUUCAGCAACUGCCUGCAAAAAUGUACUUCGGCCUGCGUGAAAAAGUAUGCACGGUGUUCUCCUAUCUUCGUUUUGUGUUGAAGACGCCGUUGUGCUCAUGGUUUCUUAUCUUUUAGGUGGAAGAUCGUAACAGAUCAAUCGCUCUUCUGGAAGAAGAGAUUUACACAGUGAAACAAGAAGCAGCUAAAAGCUAUAAGAAGGUUUGACUACGUGAACCAAUAUUCAUAUGUCUUCUUUUGUCCUAUAAGCUUUCGACUUGAAUAUCUACUUUUUUUCAAUCUCAACAUCGGGAUGUUUCACACGAAUAAAUUUGGCAAGUGAAAACCGGUUUCGUACAAUUUAUGUCUUUUUUUAGUUGGAAGAAUACGAGGAUACAAUCAAAGAAUUGAAUUUUAAACUAAAUUCCGUGGAAAGUGAUGCAAAGAACAGUGUUCAUCAGGUAAGUACAAAAUAUUAAAAUAUUAAUAGACUCUCGCUCUUGAGCUCGAAGCUACGGCGCCCGCCAACAUGUUUUGAAAGCGCUGCAAUAUUCUUGUAUAUCAACAUACAGGUCUCAAUAAAGGAGGAAAUCAUCAACCAGUUGUCGACUGAGAUUGAAACAUUGCGAGGGCAAGAGAAAGAAGUCGAGGAAAAGGUAGGUAGUAUAGUGGAAGCACAGUGAAUAUUUCAUGAAUUGUAGAUCCCCAACGUUUUCCAAAGUAGAGUGAGCUAAAUACGUAAAGUCAUUCACUCAUUCCCCACAAUGACUUCUCAAGGAGGAAAAGUUUACAUGCCUGAUUUAAGUGAAAAUGAUAUACAUGUAGUUUUAAUUCCGCUCAACGUGUCGCGUACUGUAAAAGCCGAUUUACACUACAAAAUUUUGCCUAAAACUGUCCCAUGCAACCUGCUUACAAUUUGAGUUGUACUGUGUAAAUCAAGCACAUAACUCAUUUACGUUGUCGUUGUAAGCUGGUUGCUAAUAAGCAGGUUGUAUGCGACAGUUUUAGCUGUUGCUUAGCAGUUUUAGCUUUAGUUUGUCGCCCAAGUUGUAAGCAGGUUGUAUGCGACAGUUUUAGCUGUUCCUUAGCAGUUUUAGCUUUAGUUUGUCGCCCAAGUUGUAAGCAGGUUGUAUGCGACAGUUUUAGGCAAAAGUUGUGCGGUGUAAAUCGGCCUUAAUACUGUAGUAAUUCACGGAAUUCGACAAAUUUUAUAUUUAGUUACGACGUCGAGAACAAAUAAUGGAGAAGUUGGAUGGUGAUUUGAAAACGCUGAAUAAUCAGCAGAAAGAGAAGGAGAAACAGGUGGGAAUUCUGGGAAAUUCUUAAUUGCUUAGUUAUGACAUAGAAUAUAUAAUAGACCAGAAGCCUCACUGUACACCUUUCCUUAACAUUUUCGUGUCCGCGAUUUUCGCCUUGCGGAUCACGAAUUGCGCACGCUAGAUGACGUGUGUGACACUUGCUGCGAACAUCACGUCAGCGUUCGUCAGCGUCAAUUCCUCAAAUCAACGGUUUUUCUUGAAAUUCGAAAAACAUGCUCAAAGUGUACGCUGCAUAUUCUGCAAUUAUUGUGCAAAUAUUUUACGCUUUUGUUUUUUACGUUGUGUCUUCCUGUUGCGAUGACCCAAUAUUUGAACCUGUGGCAUUUAAAAACGAUUAAAACAGCAAUCUUUAUUAUCUAGUGAUGGCAAUUGAUGGCGUUGCUCGCGUUUGAUGGCGUCGUGAUUACACUUGCUGGCUCGCGCUUGCGCAUAAAAAAUCUCGGACACAAUUUUGGCUGAGUGAGGCUUCUGGUCUAUUUUCUAUUCUGUGGUUAUGACGUCAUACGCGUGACGUCACAAUGUAAAUUAAUUUUGCACAUGGGUUACACAUAAUUAAGUUGAAAAAAUCACAGAACACAAUUAUCUUUAACUAGUUUGCGCAUGGCUCAUAAUCGUAGCAAUUCGAGAAAACCUUUUGAUAUUUUGCAGGUCGUUCGUCAGCUGGAUGCCGUUAAGAAAUUAGAACGUGAUUUGAGAAUUUCUCAGUCUGAAUUCUCGGAACUGCAGCGAAAAACUUCGCAUGAAGUGAGUAUAAAGUAUAUUUAACAAUAAGUUAACAAGUAAGGUGGGUUAGAUGGUAAAAAAAGUAAUUAGCAAACCUGCCGCAAAAUGCAUUGUAAGUCAACACCUUUCCUUAUUCUUAGUGAGGCACAUUCAGGUGUUUUUAUGUUCAUUUUAUAGUUGUACAUAGAUUGAUAUUUUCACUAUUUUCUAGACGGUGUUAAGGGAUGACGCCAUUAAAACUUUACAACAAGCUCGGGAUGAAUAUCAUGACAAGCUCAUUGGACAGGAAGAAAUGUUGGAAUCUCUGAAUGAAGAUGUAGAAAACUUGAGAGUGGAUAUUCAAGAGAGAACAGAUCAGGUACUGUGCUUAGUAUAUCUCCUGCAAGUGAACUGAGACAAUGCUUAUAUCCUGUGGGAUCGUGUUGAAGUACUGUAGCUAAAUUUACAAUCAUGCCUGCCGAUUUUAUUUAUAUGCGAGUUAUCAGCAAGAACCUCUAGGCUUUAGACAGCUAGCCUCACUGCCUCCCCAUGAUUUUUGGAGUUUGUAACUUCAGAAUUCUAAAUUCAACUACGUUUUUAAGCGCACAUUUUGAAUUUAGAGCUAACCCUUCUGCUUCCUAACCUCUGCAAUCAUUUUAAAUUGCCAGUUUUAACUACAAAAUGUACGAGCUCUCCUUGUAAAGGUGGAGAUGGAAGAAAAACAAUUUCAAUAGUCACCAUGUCACGUUCCUAGAUUUAGCGUGACUUAUGGUAUAUAUGGUAGCCCGCGUUCAGGUGUGCGUUGAAGUCAAUCAUAAUCAAUACAUUCUUUAUUUAGCUGGCAGAAAAAGAUGACGUCAUUGAACAACUUGAACUCAAACUUGCAGUCUCGCAGGAGAAACACAAAACCUGUGCUGAGGAGGUAAACACUUUGUGUGCAAAAAGAUUUUAACUAUAGAUGGAUUUUGUUGAUUGGAAAUUUCCAACUACAAACUCCUCUACAAUACAAUGGGUCCAAAAAGACCUCUCAGAAUUUGGUAUUCGUAUGUAAAUGUUACUCAGUUGCGUGCCAAACUAGAUACAAACUAGAUAUAGUAGCAUCAAUAGUGGCAACAGUUGCACGUUACUGUGUCUUCCUUUACUUUUCAGUUUUGGAAUGUUUAGUUUUGUACUGUAUACAUUUGAAUAAGGUUUUCGGCUUUCGCUUCACCAGCGACAUCAAAGUUUUCAAACUUAUUUUUCAUUCAGGUUUCGAAGAAAAACGAAGCGUUCACAGAACUUCAAAUGAAACUGGAAUUACUGGAGGGAGAGUGCCAGACCUCGGGAGAAGAUUUGAAGAAUAAAUUGGAAGUGAUGAAGAAAUUAAACACAGAACUAUCCACGUGUAAAGAACGAGUAACGAAUUUGACCAAAGAAAAUGAAGUUCUGGAAGUCAAGGUAUUAUUUGAAGUGGCGCAGUUGUUAGUGUAUGUGCCUCCACUGGGAUCCUGUUCCUGCAGCUGUCUGAUUAUAAUUUCAUCUCAGUCACAUGUGAGAAGAGUGCUUCCAGUUUGACUCCACCAAAUACCGCAGAUUUUCCUGGUGUUUCAGUUUUCUUCUGUAAUAACACUAGACCAAUAAGUGAUGUACCUAAGGAGAGCAGUGUAGAACUGAUAGAGCUUUCCAGUAUAAAUCAAGCUGGUUUAACCUUAACAUUAAUGACUGAAAACGUUUUCUUUUUACACCAGGUCGCCAAAAGUGAUGCGGACAUAAGUCAACUGACCAGCGAAAAACACGCUUGGGAGGAACAGGUAUUAAGAAUUGAAAAUGAAUUCUUUUUUCUAAGUUGCAAUUGAAUCAUUUUAAUAUGGACUUUCUCUCUUUAGAUGACAAAAUUUUCUCAGAAUGUUGAACAGCUGCAGUCGGCCAUAUCAACCGCAGAUGAACAACACAAAAAAGAAGUGAGCGUUCUUUCUGUGUUUUUGAUUGUGAGAUUACUAUGAGACUUCUAUGUAGUUGUCUUAUGAUAACCUCAGUUGCAAGCGAGAAGAGUGCUUUCAGUUUCACUGUACUGGAGGUUUUCUUCGGUUUCCAUCUGUAGAGUACCACUAUGACCAACAAACCCGAAACUCUAGGGAGAACAGUUCAGAACUGACAGAGCUAUCUAGUACGAAUCAGAUUAGUUUAGUUUAGGAUUUCUCCUGUAGUAACACUGGAUCAAUAUAAGAAAUGACCCUUACUGGACCUCUAUAGGGAGAGCAUUUUAGAACUGAUAGAGCUAUCCAGUAUAAAUAAAUAAUUAAAAGUUAGUUUAGUUUAGGUUUCCUCCUGUAGUAACACUGGAUCAAUAAGAAAUUAUUCUUACUGGACUUCUAGGGAGAACAGUUUAGAACUGAUAGAGCUAUCCAGUAUAAAUAAAGUUAGUUUAGUUUAGGUUUCCUCCUGUAGUAACACUGGAUCAAUAAGAAAUGACCCUUACUAGAGCUUUAGAUAGAACAGUUUAGAACUGAUAGAGCAAUCCAGUAUGAAAAAGGGUCAUUAUUAAUCGUGUUUUUUUCUUAUGCUGGGUAGAAAACUGAGCUGAACGUAGAAUUGACAAAACUCAAGUCAGAGAUGAGUGAAGGUGACAAAAAUCGCAAGAAUGUAAAAUCACAGGUAAACCAAUACUUCUGUCGUUAUGUCCGCGUCGACUUUAUAAAUUUAGUUUCAAUUAUUGUUGUUGUGUUUAGUUGUGACGUCACAUUUAGUUGCCAAUAAUAGGGCAGAUAUUGAUCACGGGACAUAGGGAACUGGGAACGGUAUGUUAAGAUAUCUAAGAGAAUAAUAAAGGAACGAAUACAAUAAUUGUUUUAGUUAAAGGAACGGGAAGGAAAGAUAGAGGCUUUGAAGAAAGAACUGGAUCACUUGAAAGGUCUUUAUAAACAAUCAAUGAAUAAGGUAAGUGGUAAAAUGUGCAUUACUUAUAUAGUGCUGAUAUUUUACAAGAUUGUUGUUGAGCUGUUGUGAAUAGUGGAGGAAACCUUCCUAUAUUUUUCUUAACUUCAGGUGAAUGAACGAGAUGAAAGCAUUGGAAAACAAGAGAAAGAACUUGAAGAAACAAGAAAGCAGGUUUGAGUCAACACAUUCUUAGUCUUCAUCAAUUACUAGUGCAUAGAUAAUAUUGGUGACUGUUUCCUUUAUGCAAAUACAGAAAAUGUUUUGAAUGUAGCUCGAGCCCCUCGAUGAGCGUUUUUCGCUCUUGGGUAAACGCUAAAUUAAAUAAAUAUGUUUGUAAAAAAAGGUCUAUGGUUUAUGUAUUUCGAUGUUAUUUAGAGUGAUGCAAUAAAACAAAGACUGCGGGAAACUGAAACGCAAUGUAAAGCACUGACUGCAAGUUUGAUUUACUACAAGGAACAAACUGAUGCCAAAACUAAACAGGUAGAAACUCUUACGUUGCUCAGGUCAGUCAGUUGGCCACCUGGUCUGUUAGUCGGUAAGUUUGAUGGCUGGUUAACCGGUUGGUCAACGUAAUUCGUUUAAUCAGUCAGAUGAUGAAUCAAUUUAAGCCAGUUUUCCACUUGAACCGUAGCGUAGUGUAUUUGUUUGUUUCCUGAGUACUAGAGUGGAACUAUUGACUUUUACACAAAAGAAAAUGCUACGAUACGUUACGGUUGAAGUGGAAAACAGGCUUAAGAGACAAGACAUGUACUGUAUAAGUACCCGCACAAGUCUGAGAUAUUACUGGCUUUGUUAUUGUUUGACUGUAAAAGAUAUUUUGUUUUAUUUACUGGACUGAUAACAAACUUUAUCGUCGUUUCGUCUAGUUUGAACAAUCACAAUUACGUGAGUCGAGGUCUGAUGAAAACUUGAGGAAACAUGAAGAAUCUCUCGAAGAACUGAAUGAAAAACUCCGUCAAAGAACAGAGGAUUUUGACUCUUUAAACGAACGUUAUGAACAAGAAUAUGCCAAGGUUUGUGGCGUUUUCUCCCAAAUAAGAAAUAUAUUUAUCGCAAAGGAACUUAUUUCAGUGUAAUCUUGUUAUUAUAGAGCAAACAGCAAAGUAAAACAAUGGAUGAGUGUGUCGCUGAAUUGUCGUCAACGCGCGAUGCUUUGGGAAGAUGUAAAUCACAGGUAACGUUUUCAUCUUUCACAAGCCUCUUAUUAGAAAUACUCUUAUUUCCUGCUAAUAAAUGGGAAUAAAUUGAAUAAAACUUUGCAUUUCAGCUUGCUCACUGUGACGAAAUGAUUCAAACACUGAAAGAAAAGCUCGUCAGUAAACAGCAAGAGGUACUUCGUAUUGUAGAUCCUUCUUGUCUGAAGAAAGUUUACUUUGGAAAAAAGUAGAAGAGGGACAUCUUAACCCCCGUCCCUACGAUCGUCCCUGUUUGAUGCCGUACUUUGAUAGUAACCUCUAGUAGAAAAUAUACUGCUCACUUUGUGAAAAGAUGUGAAGACCAUUAACUUCUUUUCAGAUCGGCGCUAAAGAUGGGACAAUAGAAAGGAUUUCUAGCGAUUUGGAAUUGACAAAAGAUAAAGCAGUGAAGGCGGAAAGAGAGGUAAAUGCUUUAGAUCUUCAACUGGUUGGCUUACUUUCCAUUGAACUAUCCCGAAAAGAUUUUCAUAAAGACCACACGGUCCACACCUAAAUAUUGUACUUGAUAUAUGAGUAACUGCGCAUUAUUUCUUAAGUAUAAAGAUGACUGUAUAUCCAGGUACAAAACUUUGGUUGAUAGGGAUACAACUACCUGAAAAAUACAAAGAAAACGUCGACUUUCCGUGCAAAGGCCCUGUAUUUUUCAGGCAGUUGCGUCCCUAUCAACUGAUGUUUUGUUCAGGGUUCGUACAUGUCAGGAAGAGUCAAAUUCAAGGACUUUUCAAGGAAAUUCAAGGACUAAAUACUGAAGAAAAGGGGAUUGAAAUCAGAUAUGAACAUGCAAAAUAAAUUGAACAAAAUGUCCGUUUUGAAUGUCAGAAAAUAUCCAGACCGUUCAAGAUUGUAUGUACAUAUAAAGAGGACUUUGUGUAAACGUACCAACAUAUUUAGGUGAAGGCGAAAGGUAGCAAGAUCAAAGAACUGAAAAUUGAAUUAUUAUCAGAGAAAGAACAACAUGCACAGCGAGUUGAACAGGUGAAGUUUUUGUGCUUUGGCCCUUCCGUACUUGUAUCGUUUCGUGUGGGAGCUGUGUGGAGUCUCGACAUCCGCUUACGACUUGUACAAUCUCGUAUAACGUUUGAACAUGGCCUUGGCAUACUUGUAUUGUUUCGUGUGUAAGCUGUGUGGAGUCUUGACAUCCGCUUACGACUUGUACAAUCUCGUAUAACGUUUGAACAUAGCCUUGGCAUACUUGUAUUGUUUCGUGUGUAAGCUGUGUGGAGUCUUGAUAUCCGCUUACGACUUGUACAAUCUCGUAUAACGUUUGAACAUGGCCUUGGCAUACUUGUAUUGUUUCGUGUGUAAGCUGUGUGGAGUCUUGACAUCCGCUUACGACUUGUACAAUCUCGUAUAACGUUUCAACAUUCGUGUUUUGCAGGCGACCAACUACGAGCUAAGAUUACAGAAAUCGGACACGGAAUUAAAAACUUUGAGAGAAGAGAAUCGGUUGCUGGAAAAUAAGGUACCACUGUUGUUGUGCUGGUUGUAGGAAGGACAGAUAGUGAUUUUUCAAGCCUUCUCAAACUUAGUAUUUAGAAAUUAAAGUUUCGUUUUAGUAAUUGUGAGGUCCAAAUUCGUAGUUUUAUACGUUUCAGCUUUCAUCCAACCGACUUCUGAAGUAUACGUUUAUUAUAAUACAGCAGACAUACUGCUUUUCUCAAGAGUUGUACUGACUUAAUAUUUAAUUAAAUUGUGUUGUUUUUUUGUUCAGUUAUCUCGUGAAAACGAGGUGUGUCGAAAGGCGUCCAGUGAACUGGAGGAGAAUAAACAGAAAUACAGAGAUGACGUAAGCUCAUUGUUUAAUAAUAUAAGAAUUAUUUUUACAUCAGCUUUGUAGAAAACAACAGUGGGGAGGAGUGUUCGAGAGUCGAGAAAUGGAACUCAUAUUUCUAUGUCUUGCCUUGUUAUUACGUAACUUCUCUUUGUUCGUUCAGUGUUUCGUGAUGACAUUUUUCUGCAUGCGUGACUUUCUCUUUAACGUUCAGGUAACUCAGUACCAACAGACAGUUGAACAGCUCAGCGAUCAACUAGGAUUGUUGAAAGAUAACAAUGAAAAAUGUAAAGAUGAGGUAACGUGAAGAAAUGUCUCUAUUGCAAAUGACUGAACUGUUCUCUCUAGAGGUCCAGUAAGGGUCAUCGUAACUUUAUCAGCCCUGUUGUACUAACGUGGCGUUAAACCGAAAUACCCAGAGAAAAGCUGUGGUGUUUUGUAGAGUGAAGCUGGAAAUACUUUUCUCAAAGCUUAGUCACUGAGAUGAAAGAGACAAACACUAUACCCACUGCGCAUGUCACUAACUCUCCUCUCGCCGUGUUUUAGAUUUCCAAGAUGACAGAAACUGGGAAAAAGUUUCAGGAGGAAUUAUCUGAAAAAGAAAAACAACUUAUGAAACACAGAAAUCAGGUACGGAUCAUUUUAUAGAGUACACAUGAUAUCAUUUAUCUACCUUGAGCUCUUGCGCCAUGCAGUGUAUGUGAACGAGUUUAGUAUUUUGUCUCAGGUUUCUGACUACGAAGAAACAUUGCGAGAUCUGCAGGCUCAGAUGGCAAUAACCGGCGCUGAUUGUGAAAAGUUAGAACUGGAGGUAAAAGAUGGAACUAUACUGUGUAAUAAUAUGCUGAGUUAUGUAACGUUUUGCUGUUUCUUCAAAAGGUUAUAUUGGAGGGUUUUAAGAGGUGCUACCGAGCAGCAAAUGGUGUGCAUUUCAGAAAUGUUGACACUUAGAUGAGAUGAUAUUCUAUUUUUGGUCACCAAAUACCAGACUACAACAUAUAAUAAAAAGAAUUAUCAUUUUCUCACUCUGAUAACUGCAGGUUUACCACCAUCUGCUGCAGGAUAGAUGAAACUCAGUAAAACUCAAGUACUAAUUUACUAAUCUUCAUCUUAGAAAAAGAACUCAAACAUGAAAAUAAACCAACUGAAUGAAGAACUUGUCAACUUGAGACUUCAAUAUAAGACUUCGUCACAAGAGGUAUGGAAAUAGACACUUUCCAAUACCUUGAACCUCCUAUUUCUAUUAACUGUGCUUGAACACGAGGCUCAGCAUUAUGAUCCUAUUUAAGUUACGCCCGGAUGAAACGAGGAUGAGAGAGCAUGAGAGUUGGCAUGUAGUCACACGACCUUGGUGUAUAGCUGUCCUUAAUGUUUUCCCAACACUAUAAAUAAAUUAAAACAUAGUUGCAAUAGACAACUUGCAUGUUAGACUAAUUUUUGAUUUAGGCAAAAAAAGUAAAUUCCCUUAAAUAACUUAUUAAAAUCAGUAAAAUUGCAAAAUUUGGUUACGAAAUGUUGUAAAAUACAGAAAAUAUAGCCUUGCGAAGUUUGCAUAUUUUCAGUAUGUUUGUAUUAAUACGUGCGGAAAUUGUUACCAUUUUUGAGCCGAAAAUGGUAACAAUUUCCGCACGUAAUACAAAUAUACUGAAAAUAUGCAAACUUCGCAAGACUAUAUUUUCUGUAAUUUUACUAAUUUCAUUAUGUUCUUUUUAACUGUUGUGUUUGAUUCCCUUCUCUUUACUUAGAUUAGAAUUUAGUCUAACAUGCAAGUUGUCCAUUACUUGAGCUUGAAAUGUUCGCUGUAACAAUACGUGGCUGCCAACUCUCAUCCUCGUUUCACCUGGGGCUUUAUAGUCAAGAUAUUGCCAUCCUCCUUUUGUAACCAUUUCAGAAAGUGUUUAUCGUUAAAUUGUAAAUUUUCUAUCUUCCAGUUCGCUAGAAACAGCGAGAGGUUGACUUUAUUGGAUCAAAAACACGUUCAUUUGGAAGAACAAUUGAGACAAAAAGUUGCUGAUGUUGUACGCUUGGAGAAGAUGCAUCGCAAGAGUCAGUUGGAACUCAACAACGAACUACAUGAAAAACGGUUGAGCAGCGAAAGAGUAAGAGUUAUUUGUUAACUAACUAGUGUUUAUUGUGCAAUGGCUGCAUUCUUCGUUCUCUAAUGGUCUGUAUAUGUACACACAAAUUAAAAAUUUUAAUUGAUUUGUUUUUUUAUAGAUCAUUGAACUUGAGGAUUUACUUGAACAGAUGAAAAAUGAUCUUCACCAGUCACAACGACGUCACCAGGAUACCACUGCCAUGGUAAGGUUGAAAGGUAGUAUAUAUUUUUUAAGGAUUGAGAGGCCCUUAGCUAUAGCCUUCGUAUGGCCGUCGCUAUUAUUAACGAUUAGAAGCCUUCGUAUGGCCGUCGCUCGAAACAUCGAAGUUUUACUUUCGACCGUUCGAGUUUAUAUUUUUCUUUAAAGAGCGAGUAGAGGUAGAUCUUGUCCCCUACACAUAGCUCUAGCUUCUUUCGACAUAUAGGAAAUCACUUUUGCAGUUGUUUUUCAUGUUUUAGUUGAGGAAACAAGAAGCUCUCACUCGGCAACGCGAAGACGACCUGAAAGCCUCGCACAACGAGAUUACUUCACUUUUGGCAAAGGUAAAAGUUUUUGGAAAUCUGUGAAGUGUUUCAAAAGAUUUUGUUGGCUAUAUGAGUCUUAUUUUUGUAGAUCGAUUACCAGGCUGGAGAACACAGGAGUUUGUUGUUGAAGCUGGAGGAAGCGAAUAAACAGUUAGAAAUUAUGAACAAGCAGGUUUGUAAAAUAUCAUACACGAAACGCGCAAUAAUCACUAAGGUGUAUUCGAGUGCUUGAUCUAGUGGGUUUUAAACAAACCAGUAUUUAUUAUUAUUAAAGUCUUUAUUGUCUAGAGUCACAACAGACGUGCAACUUUACAAACGUCAAAUUCCUAAUUAUUACAGUUAAAAAAUUGAUCUAUCCUAAUUAAUUAUAUGAAAGUUAAAAAUAGUUAAAAAGACAUCUAUCUAUAGAGAAGUUAAAUAGUGGAGACUAGAAUCAGUAAACGAAACAAUAAAUAAAUGAUCUCACAUUUAUUUCAGGUGAACAAUUAUCUUGAGGUUAUGCAAGAAAAAGAACAAAAAAUAAUGUCGCUCGUCCAAAAGCUGGAAGACAGAAAAAUCGAGGUAAAACAAUAAUUGUAGUUUCGACUUCUUUUGAAAGCAAAUGCAUGAAUCAUGAAGCGUGACUGAUAUUUUUAUAGAUCCGGGACAAGGAAAAAACUGUCAGUGCUUUGAAAACUGAACUUGGUUCAAUUCUGGAAAAGAACAGAGCCCUAGCAGAAGAGGUGUGUAAGUUUGUGUUCCAUUUCUUUCCAAGGAAACUUUGUACAGAGUUCUGAUUAAUUAAUUGUUACAUUUCUCGUCAAUUUUGUAUUUUUCCCAACAAAAUGCAGAUUGGUUCAAAGGACGGCGAUGUCCGGGUGUUGCGGGCUGAACUGCUUUCAACGCAGAAUAAAAUUAAAGAAAAUACGGGAGAGGUAAGUUCUUCCAGGUUGGCCUGGGUCCAAUGUUGAUUGAGUGAUCAUGUGCAACUAACUUAUUUGAUUGAGUGUUGAUAAUUAAUGGCUUGAUUUAUUGACUGAUCAUUAUUUUCCUAGAUCGGUCGUUACGAAGAGAGAUUGCUUCAAAUGCAAAAGGAAUUGGACAACUCGACCACGAACUAUCGUCAAUCUCAGUCUCAAGUGAGUCAACUAAUUUAUGAUUUAAAUAUUGAUUGCCACCUCACUCUUUAUUAUUAUAAAAAUAAUCACAAGAUAUCCUCUCAAUUAAACCUACAAUUUUUCUUAUACAUCUAUUCUCUUUUCAUUUUUCUCCCAGCUUGUCAACUUGGAGAGAAAUUUACAAAACGUGAAAGCUCAUUUGAUAAAAACUGAAGGAAGUCGCAAAGAAAUUAACGACCAGGUUUCUAGUUUUUUUUUUUGUAUUACUCUAUAUUGCUUGCGAACUUCAAGGAAUUCCCCAUUGACCAUUUAUAUCUUUCCGUAAUACCCACAAUAAAAUAAAUAAGUAGCUGACAGUCGACUCUAAAAGGUUGGGGCUUGUUUACAAUUAUUGUUACCUUGUAGGUAUUUUUUAUGUCGUGUUUGUUCUCUUUAGUUGAAUGAGAAAUCCAAAGAACUUGCAACUGCUAAAGCUGAACUUGUUGUGUUUAAACAACAGAAUACUGGUCUUCAACAACAGGUAUGCAGAAGAAUGGAAUGAUGCGAAUAGAUAGUACGAAGUUCAUCCCCUUUCACUGUGCCUUUCAGGAAUGGCCUUUACUAAAGCCAUAGAAAUUUUUCUUUGCAGUUUUUAAAAUAUUUUUACUCUCGUAUAGAUUACAGGUGUGGACGACAGAGCGAGACGUUUGAAAAGCGAACUAAAGAAAGUUCAAGAACGACAUAAAACCUCCAGUGAAGAGGUACUGUGUAUUGAAUGAUUAUAAUGAAUGAUUCAAACCUGGACUUGAAGAUUGCUAUGAUUGAUCUGAAAACGUAUAGUGAGAAUGGUGCCCGAAAUCUUGCCUGAAAUGGGCUGAGUAGGGACCGGAUGUAUAUUGAUUGUGACAGCAUAGAGGUGACUAAAUUAUUUAAAAGACUGGAAUAAUUUUUCUCAGGAGGUUCAGACACAAACUAUCGCAACUUACUUUAGAUCACUAGGUGAUCUACCCUAAAAAUACAAUUGAAAAUAUAACAAAGUUGGACAAUUGACAUCUUGUAAAUCUAACGUGUGAAAGAUCCUCUUUGAUAGCAAUCUGUUUAGAAGAGAGUCUAAAACGAUCAUUUUGUUUCAAGGCUUCAAAACUGAACCGUACAGUUGAGAUGUUAAAGAAUGAGUUAUCAGUGACGCAAGAUCAAAACAAGAAACAAACAGAUGAACUGAAUCAACUUCAGGAACAGAUUGUUGUAUUGAAGGUCGAGCAAGCAACCUUGCAAGAAAAAUGUCGCCUCGCGUUAGAAGAGGUAGGAUUUGGGGGUUUUGCUCGAGUCUCAGGAAUCCGAACUGGAUGGUCCUAAGAGGAUUCGGAUAUUUAGAUGUAACCAAAAAUAAAACGACCAAAAACAAUGCAUGGAGAACAGUUGGAUUUUCAAAACAAUGAAUGAACAAUGGUACAUUCUGAUCACUGAAUUGUGUAUUGUUUAUGUGUUGAGCGUCGUGCAAAAGUUUUACUUUGUUCUCUUCACUUCUUCUUGAUUCUACUUGGUUUUACAUUCUCCCAAUUCUCAUCCGAGCCAUAAUCGUACGGUAAAAUUAAUCCCAUUUGUAACCUCACUCAUAUCCCUCACCCUAAUCUUGUUGAGACUAUGAAGUUUCACCCAAAAUAAUUCUGAUUUUGUAUAUUUUCUGUAGAGUGAAAGAUCUCGACAUGAUUUGCAAGAAUUCAGUAAGCUCCAUCACAACUGUCAAGAUGAGGUACGUCGUUUAAACUCGACAUUUAGACGCUGCAUCAUUUGUAUCUGAAGCUUCACAUUUUUUGUUUCAGAUUCAUUCAAUGCGUAUUGCCUUGGAUGACACUCGAGGACAUCGUGAUCGUCUUCAGAGAGAAAGUGAAGUGAUUGUGGAGAACAUCAAUCAUUGGGUCAAGGAACAAAAGUAAAAUAACUUGCUUUAUUUGUAAAAAUACGCACGUAAAAACGCUCAAGUUGUUACAAACUAGCCUGCGUGGCCCUCAGUUUUAUGGGGGGGGGGGGGCUGAUUUGCAACACACAGGCUAGUAACAAACCUGCAGCAGACUUGUAGCAAUGCUGUUCCAACACUAACUUGUCAACAAGAUGUGUUCCCACUGCUUGUCCCCAGCUUGUUGACAACUUGCUACAAGGUUGUUGAGCUCGACAGAAUUGUUACAAGUUGUUCCAACAACUUGUUCUCGUCCUGCAAUUCAACAAUUUGUCAACAAGUUGUGAGUGACAAACUUGCAGCAAUGUGAUAAAAUAACAGCAUUGUUACAACUUGUUGACAAGCUUGCUACAAGCCUGUUGCGAACACAUCUUGUUGACAAGUUUUGAGAUUUUUACAUGUGUAGACACAAGGUGUGGGAUUGGCAAGGAGAAUAGUUAUCAAUAGAUAGUCAAUACUGGGGGGCAGAUUCCUCAAAAUUUAGCGGAUUCUAAAGAGUAGUGGAGAUGUUACGUAAUACUGUAUGUCUUUAUUUUUAUAGGGAAGGAAAUUCAAAGCUGGCAAUGAAAUUAAGGUAUAAAAUACCAUUUAAAGAGAUUUGAAAAACAUAGAUUUAUAAAACACAAAACCUUUGCAAAUUUACACAUAGGUUAAAUGGUAAACCAGGCAAUAUAGGAACUUUAUGCUAAUUGCCCAACCUAUUGUGAAGCUUCGAGAUUGUUGAUGGUCUCAUCCUCAUACAGUCGUUGUCAAUUUUAUAGAGAACAAAGUGAAAGCAUAGUGUCCUUACAAGCUGACAAAGAGUAAGUAUAUUUAACAGUGUUGUUACAGUAAAUAAUGAGUGCGAGUGUAGUGGCAGCGUGUUCAUAAAAAUAUAUUUUACCAUUUAGACAGCUGAUGGAAACGAAUGAUUCGCUGAAACGGACAAACAGUUCUUUCAAAGCUGAGAUAGGUACAUAGAUCAUCUUUCCUUAUGCCGUAGAGAUAUUAAUAUUUAAGUUUUUGUUUUAAUGUGUUUAUCGGCAAGAGCCAGUGUCCUAACCACAUUUGUUAAUAUUGCCUUUGCUAAUUUUGCUGUAGAAGAACUAAGACUGAUGAGUGAACAAUAUAAGGUACAGUAGACAAUAAAAUAUUCUAAAUUUUAGUAUCGUGAAUGGCUAUACCACAGGCUAUACCGAAAGUUGUUGUUUUAUGUGGUGAAUUUUAUUCUUUCACAGGCCCUGCAAGCUCGCUCUGCUGAACAAGAAAUUGCAAUCCAGCAACUCCGUGCACAUCUCCAAGAAAAUGUGUAUGUAUAUGACGAGAAUUGUGGGCAGUUUCGAGUCCGUUUUAACCAUUAAUGGUUUUAUACAUAAGGAAACUGUAGAGACGAAUGUUAAAAUGCCAGAAGAAUUUUUCCAGUUUGACUCUUACUCCAAACUCUAGGAAGAAAAAUAUGGAUCUUAUAGAGCUAUCCAGUAUGUAAAGACAUAUUAGUUAACCUGAUUGUAUUUCGAUGUUUUCCAGUUUUGACCAGGAGAAAGAAGCGAUGAACAGAUCUCAGACGUUGGAAGAUUUACACCACCAACUUCAGAUGAAUAUUGAAGCAAACAAAGAAUUGAACCAGCGAGUAAGUCCAGAGUAAAUUAAGUUAAAUCCUGUUCAACAACGACACAGAAACUUUCCUACGCUUACACGAGGCAGUUCAGGGAGUCUCAAAAUGUUGUUGUUUUUUCCGUUUGUCAGGUAAACAGCUUCAAGAAAGAAAGACUUCGUCAACAAGAAAUAGUUGAUCAAGAACGCGUUGCAAGACGGGUAAAUAUUUACAUGAAAUAUCUGUCUUGUUAUCUUUCGUGAGUACCUGGGAUCCUUAUUUUGGAAGAAUUUGAUUAUUCAGUAAGCAAAUCUGUUUUCGUAACGGUCGCAAAGAUAGAAUCGCGAUCUUUCUCAACGACCAGAUCAUAAUAGUUUAUACCUGUAAACCACAUAUAAAUCAUAAGUAUUCUCUAUUUAUAACCACUCUGGCUAUUUUUAGUUUUAAACUGUUGUAUUUCGGCUCGUGGCUCAAUCUUUACGACCGUUACGACCAUAUGGAAACCUGGCUUAAUUGAUUUUUUUUUUCAUUUCUAGAACCUUAUGCUACAGUUGGACGCGAGAAGUCAGACAAUUCUCGAUCUAAAAUCUCAAUUAGACAAUAUCAAAGAUGAUCUAAUACCAAACUUGGAUAAUUCUGUAUUGGUAGGCGAAUUGACAAGCGAAUUAAUUCACUGAUGUAGAUGACUCCAACAAUUCGAAUACUUGAACUGAUCUUGUAUUUUUCUGUUUCAGUCGGAAUCAUUUGGAUUCAAUGAUUCAGCUUACAUCUCGGCACUGGAGCGAGGACUGUAAGUAUUUAUUACAGUUUUCAUUUUUUGAGGUAUUGAUAGAUUCCUGCUGUAUGCAAUUUGCAAGUAAAGAGUGCCUCCAAGUCCCCCGGUUUGCUCCUGUGUUGCCACUAGAGGCAAGAAGAGAUGACCAUAUAAGGUGCUUCGGUGGCGUCAGAACAAGCGUCUUUCACCUCCGAGAUUGUGGGUUCGAUUCUCGCUACGGACUCAUGUGAAAAGAGUGAGUCAACGCUCUGCCGAAAAUCGUGGGUUUUCUCCGGGUGCUCCGGUUUCCUCCCACAGGGAAAGUUGACAGAGUUGGUUAGGAUAAACACAGUUAGGAAAGUUGUAUCACAAUUGUUGUAAAGAUAAAAUAGUCUAGGCUAACGCCCGUAUUGUAAAAGCUCACUCACACUCAGUGAGUGGAAGUUCAAUCUGAGCUUCUCUCGAGUGUCAUUGCUGGUUUUGAAUAACUGGAGGGUUAGUGUCGUACCUUACUAUGUGACUACUCACCCUCCAGCUAUUCAAAAACAGCACUGACACUCAAGAGAAGCUCAAAUUGAACCUCCACUCAUUAAGUGUGAGUGAGCUUUUAGAAUACGGGCGUAAGUAUGUAUUAUAGGUAAGUCGAAUACUUGAUGUAGAGCGCAUUUGAUCAUAUUCACAUGUCAAUUUACGCUAUAAAAAUCGUAAUCGUAUUGGCGCAUCCAUCUUCAUAACCGUUUUGUUUCUUUUGUAGAUCGAAGUCUGCUUCGUCAGAAAAAGUACGUUCACCAUCUUCCUACUUUUGUGGUUUUGUUUUUGUGUAUUCAUGUUCUCAUUAGAAACUCAAUUUAUAUUUUUAGAUACGCCAUGCGUUGCGAAGGGAGCUCACCAAAGCUGGAGUAAAGGAUCCACUGACUCUGGAUAAAUCAUUUUGGAUUCAGAGAGUUGGAGAGGUAAUGAAAACUACGAUAAAAAAAUUUAACUAUAUCAGGAUUUUUGUACACUCGACAGAACUAAAUGAGUGUUUUAUAAAUGGAAAUUUUGAGUGUGAAUUUUAUACAUUUAUUACAUCUAACCAGGAACAGUUGUGAAAAAUACAACUAUAUAUAGGCCUUCUGGUAGGCAUCGAACCUGCGGCCCUGCGAUUUAGCCUGCGAACAGGCUCUCUAUGAACUCUCUCUAAUUCAAUUCAAAGAGCCUGUUCGCAGGCUACUGCGAUUCCGGUGCAGUGCUCUAACGGUUAGCACUAUUUUCCAUCCCGCAAACUGACCUGACGUUAUUUUCGGAAGAUAGAAGAGGUGUUAAAUGGCUAUGUAACUAACCCAAACCCUACUCUAACCGCAACCCUAACUCUAACCCUAACCGAGUUAAUAAAAAAUGGCCAAAAAAACGACUUUAGAAAAUCGAUAGGGCAGUUUGCUAGAUGGAAAAAAGUGCUAACCUGCUUCAACUUGAACCAACUGAGCUACAGAGGCCAGUUGUCGAGCUCUAACCACAAGUUCGUGUUUUUUAUUCAGCUAUCAUCACAGCUACAGCAAAGCAGCGAGUAUUGGGCAGAGAAAGUCAGAGAUCUCUCAGCACAACUGGAGCGUGAAAGACCUAUCUCACCUUUGAGGUGACAAUGACAUUUUAGCAUUUUAAAUAUGUAAAUUUUUAAUAUAUAUACGCAUAACAGACAAUAUAUUCCUCAUUUUUACGAAUGGUAGUAAAUUAUAGACAUUGUAUAUAUAUGUAUUGAUACGAAUAAUAAUCACGAACUUAUUUAUUAUUUUAGUC